ACACAGGUGACCAUAUUUGGGGAGAGUGCAGGAGCCCAGUCAGUGAGCGUCCAUCUGAUGGUCCAGAGCAGUAAGCCCCUGUUCAAACAGGCUGUGUUCCAGAGCCUACCCUUCUCCAUCCCUCUCAAGACCAGACAUGAUGCCCUGAAGCUGGGGAGGGACUUUGCCAGACAGGCCAACUGCUCUGUGAGCGACAUCGUGUGCCUGCUGUCCCUCAGUCCUCAGGCUGUCCUCGCUGCCCAGAUGAAGUCAAGUUCCAAAGUGGUGAAUCCCUUCAAGUUCCUGGAGAUCUUUGAGACCUGGGGGCCCUACAUAGAUGGAGAGCUGAUCAAGGAGCAGGCUGUGACUGCCUUCCAGAAGGGCCACUGGCAGAAGGAAAAACCAGUCCUCCUUGGGACCACUUCAGAGGAGGGGGUGAUCUUUGUGUACGGGGUCUUCACCAAGCCUGUGUCUGCGGUGGAGUGCAUCGUCUACACCGCGGCCAUCUUCAAACAGCACGCCCUCAGGAUCCUACGCAAGUACCUGCCCCUGUACAGGGACGUUGACCGACGGGACAUGCUGGCUCAGAUUGUGACAGACUACGUCUUCCUUUGCCCCUCCCGCAAGGCAGCCCGGGCGGGCACCAAAGUGGGCAGUGCCGUGUGGAUGUACGUCUUCGACCAUGUGAUUUCGGACCACAGUGUGUGGUCCGGUCUGUCCUUCUGCUACGAGCAUGUGUGUCACGGCGCUGAGCUGCCCUUCCUCUUCGACACGGCCUCCGUGGCCAACUUCACGCUGGCCCCACCCGAGCGGCUGCUGUCCAAUCGGAUGCUGUGUUACUGGGGGACAUUCGCCCACACCGGGGACCCGGCCUCACGGAUGCGACAGAGCGGCUUCUGUAGACAGCAGCGCCUGCCGGCCUGGCCCCGCUACUCGGACACCAGCUCCUGGUUGGUCAUGAACUUCACUGUCCGCUCCCAUGCCCAGGUGGGCACCAGGGACCAUAUCUGUGACUUCUGGGACAAGCUGGGCAUCUAUUAGGGCAUAGGGGUGGGCAUGGGGCGGGCAAAGGUGUUGGUAUUGGUUAUGUAUGCAUACAUAGUGUGUUAUGUCACAUUUGGCAAUUCACCCUACAGUGGGAAUGGUUGUCACCCUGUACACACCAUUUAUAUAGUAUGACUUACACUUAGAGAGGAUUUGUGAAGCACUUAUGUAGUCCUUAUGAAGCCUUUAUGUAUGCUAUAUAAAGCCUUUAUGAGGUGUACUUUGUUUAAAGUGGGACCAAAGCUGA